AGAUCCACCAUGAGACGUCGCAAAGUGCUCAUUUGCUGGGCUGCUCUGCAGGCGGGCAGCUCCAUCCUCACUUGCCUGCUUCUCCUACUGACCACCGGUCAAAAUCCACAGCAAGUGUCAGCUGGAAUUGUGCCUCCGCCGUGGAGUGAUCCCGCCAAGAAUCCAUGCGCCACCAUGUCAGGUGGCUGGCAGCUCCUCUACUGGGCGCCCCUAAAAAAGUGCUUCAAAAUCUUCACCCUCGGCUAUCCAUGUCCGGAAACCAUGGAGCUCAGUCCCACGGCGGUGAGUGCGAAGCGAAGGGAUCUCCCAGCGGCCGAGUGCCGUUGUCCACCGGGAACUGCACUCAGUCCCCUGACCAAUAAUGUCUGCUAUAAGCUUUACGAACGGGGACCCUGUCAACCUGAGGAGUACUUCCAACCCACGCCGGAUCAGGUCAAAAGGUGAGUUGAAUCCGGCAAUCGUUGGGGCACAUGCAAGCGACCACUGAACUGUCCGGAGGACAUGAUCUUUUGGCCGAGGGACAACAAGUGCUAUGCCAGGCACGCCAAGGGUCCAUGUAGUCGUGGAAAACUCCUAGUUCAAAACGCGGACGGACUGGCCGAAUGUCGUUGCGAGGAUGAGGGGGAAUUGUCCUCGUUCUACUAUCCGGCGGAGGAGUCCUGCUACGAGCACUACACCAAAGGACCCUGCUCGACGCCGGGUCACAUCUUCUUGCCCGGCGGUCGAUGCGACUGCCAGCGGCACUUGCCGCACUAUCAUGCUCCGCAGCAAAUGUGCUUCGAGCUGGAUACUCCUGGCCCCUGCCCACCUGGACACAUCUUCCGCAUACCCGACGAUGUCCAGGAGACCACUGGCAGCACCCUGCAGCUCUUGCCGCGCGCGAAGUGUCAGUGCAAGGAGGGCUAUGUGCCCUGGAGCGAUGGCCUCUGCUAUCGCCUGUACACCAGGGGUCCCUGCGGCUCCAACGAGUUCCUGGUCAACGGAACCAGUUGUGUGCGAAACUUCUGCGGCAAAAAUCGCCUGUACUUUCCUGCGGAGGACUCUUGCUACAGGAUCGGAUCUCAAGGCCCGUGUGCCCUGCAUCAGGUGGUGAUCUUUGACUUCACCGCCCGGCCGUCCAUCGAUGGCAUCUCGUACAACGGAAUGUGCGGUUGUUCCGGCGUCCUCACCAAUCUGGAUCAGCAGUGCUCGGGCGAGGGAGCGGAUAAGGAGCAGAAUAUAUGCGAAUCCACGCCCGGAAUGGUGGAGAUCAACGGGCAGUGCCACAAGCUGUAUAGCCGUGGUCCCUGCGGUGCGGGUCAGUGGUUGGAGCCACUGAAGACGCAAACAGCGAAUGGUACCUCCUCCAUUUUGGCCCAUGCCAGCCGGGCCAAGUGCGUCUGCCGACCGGGCUACACGCCCUCGGAGGCGGAUCAGCGCGGCAUGAGCAACUGCAGCGCUCCGAGCGUCAGCCUGGCGAGGUGGUUUUUAGAAAUAUUCGGUUAACGUGUUCGAUAGAAAGAGAUUUGUGCCAUGAAUGUAUUACAACGACUAAUGUACGAGCUGUAUUUAAGGGACCUCCCGAUAAGGCAAAUAAAAAUAAAAAUGUGAAAGACUAAACUAAGAAGU